AUGUACAUGCAAGGGCUUACUACACCCUGGUGGCAGAAGUGCAAGCCGAAUGGCGCCUGGUCGUCAGGGCGCGAGUACGGUGGAUCUUCGUGCUUUCCAAGGUAUGUUGCCACCCCCUUCAUUCCAAACACAGACAAUCGAUACGGUUCUGUGAUUGCUUGGAGGUCGGGCCGAGUUUCCAUUUGA